GCGCGGCGGCUGGGGCUACAAGUCGGAGCCGCGGUGCAAAGGCCGGGGCGCGAGGCGCUGCAGCCGGUGCCCGCAGCCCUGAGCCGGGCCCGCUCCCUAGCCAGCCGCUAUCGGUCAACCUGGAGGCUGCAUCGCCCGGAGCACGGCCCCUGCAGCAGCCCCCAGCGGCUCGGCUCCGCGCCCGAGAGUCCAGCAUGGACCACCUGAUCCUGUGGACGCUGCUGCUUCUGCCCCCUGCAGCCUGGGUUCAGGGCUGUCCCUCAGGCUGCCAGUGCAACCAGCCACAGGUUGUGUUCUGCACGGCCCGGAGGAGCCACACCGUCCCAAGCGGCCUGCCGCUGGACACGGCCUACCUGUACGCCUUCGAGAACGGCAUCACCUCGCUCCAUGAUGACAGCUUCCGGGGCCUCCCGGCACUGCAGCAGCUGGACCUCUCCCAGAACAAGAUUUCCAGCCUCCAGAGGAAUGUCUUCCAGCCCCUCACCAACCUUGUCAACUUGGAUCUGUCAUCCAACCAGCUGCGCGAGAUCACCAACGAAACCUUCCAUGGGCUGCGCCUGCUGGAACGCCUCUACCUGGACCGGAACCGAAUCCAGCGCAUCCACCCAGCCGCCUUGGACACGCUGGAGAACCUGCUGGAACUAAAGCUCCAGAACAACCAGCUGCGUUCGGUUCCUCCGCUGAACCUUCCCAAGCUCCUGCUGCUGGACAUAAGCCGCAACGGCAUUGCCACCAUCGAAGCUGGUGCCUUUCACAUGGUGAACAUAGAGUCUCUCAAGAUCGCUGGGCUGGGGCUGAGCAGCUUGGAUGAGGAGCUUUUUCAGAACUUGAACAAUCUCCACGAGCUGGACGUCUCAGACAACUCGCUGGGCAGAGUCCCGGAGGUACUCCGGCGGCUCCGGGGCCUCACCAGGCUCAGCCUGGCUGGGAACGCCCAAAUUGCUCAGCUGCAGGCAGAGGAUUUCGGGGAGCUGCCUAACCUCCAAGAGCUAGACAUCAGCAAUCUCAACCUAAACACCAUCCCCCAGGACUUCUUCAGCGUCUUCCCCAGGCUCCGGGCCAUCACCGCGGCUGAGAAUCCAUUCAACUGCCUCUGCCAGCUGAGCUGGUUUGGGCGCUGGCUGCACACCAGUCAUGUCAUGCUCAGGAGGUCUGAGGAGACAAGGUGCCACUUCCCCCCCAAGAACGCUGCUAAGCUCCUCCAGCACCUGGAAUACUCAGACUUCGGCUGUCCUGCCACCCCCACCCCUACCCCCACCCUGAGAACCACCUCCCCGCAGCUGGCCAUGCUCCUCACCAGCAGCGGGCACUCUGCGCUGGAGCCCAGCCUCGCUGCUCCCACUCGGGAGCCUGCGCCCCGGCAGGACAGCUCUACUCGUGCGCCACACACAGUUGCGCAGGGGCCGACUAGCCCCGAGAUGCAGAUCUGCCCUCCCCGGACGUGCUUAAACGGGGGCAUCUGCCAGCUAGACGCGCACAACCACCUGGAGUGCCAGUGCCCCGACGGCUUCUCGGGCUUGUACUGCGAGGCCGAGAUCCAGAGAACAACCCUGCCCCCCAUCACCCAGGCGCCCACGCAGAGCAAGCAAAUCAGCAUUAAGCAGGUCAGCAGCACUUCACUGACAGUGGACUUAAAAAAUUAUCAACAGGCCAAAGAUCAGCUGAAGGGCAUCCGCCUGACCUAUCGUAACCUGUCUGGGCCUGACAAGCGGCCAGUCACGCUCAGCCUGCCAACGUCACUCUCCGAAUACACCGUGCGCGCACUGAGACCGAACUCCACCUACCGCCUCUGCACCGGGCCGCUGGGGGAGAAGCCCUCUGAAGGGGAGUUCUGCAUCGAGGCCCACACUGCUGUGCAGGGGACUCACCAGCAGCACCUGCCUGUCACCCAGAGCAAAGACAGCAACCUGACGCUCAUGAUCGUGCCAGCGCUGGCUGCUGUACUGCUGCUGGUGAUUGCUGUGACAGCAGUCACGUACUAUCUCCGGCACCGACGGGCUAAGGCACAUGCCAAUGCCAGGGUGGAUUCCAGCCCCCUGGAGCUGGAAGGGGUGAAAACGUGUCUGGAAAACAGAGACUUAGCAACCCACAGUCAAAAGCUGCCAGAGAACGUGGCGGUGCCAAACGGCUUAGAAUGCGAGGUCCCCCUGAUGCACCAACGCUACUCCAGUAACAACAACACCCCAGCGGUCAAGCCGUCCUAUUUCUAGACCAAAAGAGAGAUUGUGAGAGAGUUGCCAUUCACAAGUUCCAGAGCCUAGAUGGACAGGAUAUGGGCUGACCAUUGUUAGAACCCAGGGCAUGUUCCUAAUGGGACAAGAGACAUUGAAGGGUUAACUUAAAUUAAGACAAAACCCCACAUAAUGUGCAAUUUUCCUAGAGGCUUAUACACUUAGGAAGUAGACACUGUAAUUUAUCUGUUCAGCACAUGACUAAGUGCCUGCAUUUCCCUGGCUGCCCUGCUAUGUGUGUAGAGAGAAGGUUUUUUUAGCCACCACUACAGAGAAAGAUAUGUGACUUAGUUAAGAGGCCUCAGUGUGCUGGUAACAAAAGCUCCUUUAGCUAAGUGCUGCCCAGGAUAACAGACUCAUCAGUAGUUCUACCUGAAAAGCAAUAAAGGAAGAAAAAACCCAACACACACAGACAGAAGUGCAGGGACUCUUGGACUUACUCCCCCAGU